AAACUAAUAAAACACCUCUCUCUUUUUUUUUUUUCUCUCUCUCUCUCUGUCUGCGUGGGAACUACGGAAGCAAAUCCAUGGCCGAAGAUGAAGUGCUGAUCGAACUAGAUGCGGUGCAAGCAGUCUACGGCGACGACUGUCUCGUUCUUGAAUCAUACCCUCCCCAUAUCCAAGUCCACAUCAAGCCCCGAACCGCCGAUAUCUCCUCCCAACAGUUUGUGGAAGCCGUUAUUGGAAUACGAGCUGGUCAACAGUAUCCCAAGGAGCCACCUCAUAUUAAUAUUUUGGAGUCGAAGGGUCUUGAUGAACAAAGGAAAAAUCAUCUUAUAACUGGUAUUCAGGACAAAGCUUGCGAACUCUUGUCUUGUUUAAUGCUUGUAGCACUUUGUGAGGAAGCAGUGGAAAUGCUCUCUAGUAUGAAUCAUCCAGAAGGAAAUUGUCCACUAUGUUUGUAUCCAUUGGUUGAAGAAAGUGCAGGAAGUAACGCAUUGCCAUUUAUGAAGUUGAUGUCGUGUUUCCAUUGCUUUCAUUGUGAGUGCAUUAUUAGAUGGUGGAAUUGGCUCCAAUCACAAAAAGUAGUCCCGUCAAAUUCAUCAGGUUCAUCUGUGCGUGGUUCCAGGGACAUGGUAAAUUCAGAAUGGGUGCAUGCGAUAGCAGAAGAGAGCACGGGUAGUUGCCCAGUUUGCCGUAAGGUUUUUCAUGCCAAGGAUAUUGAACACGUGCUUCACUUGGUUGGGGCUUAUUCUCAUUUGAGUUCCAGUGAUGCCAAGCUUGACGACGAUGAGAGCCUUAUUGAAUCAGAUUCAGAGAAAUUCAGAAGAGAGAAAUUUGAAUCCGUAUUGAAACUGCAGCAAGAGAACAGCGGCUUAAUAGAACCCCCAAAGAAUGAAGUUCUAUUACCGGGUAUGUUUCUUCCACGUCCAAUCCCAGAACCCACAACUGUCUCAGUCAAAGAAACCACCGAUCCACAAAACACUGAAUCAAGUGUUGGAGCAGUAGCAAAUUCUAGUGGUUCUUCAAAUAGGCCUAGAACCAGUGGGCACAGGAACUCAGGCAUGAGGAAGCACAGAGGAGGGCGAAACCCAAGAAACCAAGGCAGGCAGUGGAUUAAGAAAGAGAGUGGAAAUGUAGAUUAAGCUGUUAAAUAGAAAAAUUAUGAUUUUUUGUUGUAUUUUAAUUUUUGUUGAAACGCUCCCUGAAAGUAAAAGAACAAGUUUAUAGCAGUUAAAGUAAUUGCAGAGGCAAUGUAUUUGGGUGGGGUUAUAAA